AUGUCCUACCAACAUACAGUACCACUUCUUGCCGUCGAAGCUAAUGAAGACGAUGAAAUCGCCCACGAUAACAAUGAUACAGGAGUCCAUGACAAUAAUAACAUCCCGGCAUCAUGGCUCACACUCCCAAACAAAGUGCAGUUAACCCUCCUGGCACUAUGCCGCUUCGUGACAGCUAUGAGCCAAACAUCGGUCCUCUCUUAUCUGUACUACUUUCUGGGCUCGCUUGAUACCUCGCAGUCCCCGGGCGAUCUAGCGCGCCGCGCUGGAUACCUAGCGUCGGCGUUCGCGAGCUCAACAGCUGUGGCCUGUCUUGUGUUUGGGUUCAGUGAGAGCUACAGUGGGCUAAUUGUAGCCAGGUGCUUGGCGGGGUUGAUGGAUGGGAAUAUUGCGGUUUUGAGAACUAUGAUUACUGAGACAGUAGCCGAUAAGAAGUAUCAUUCAAGGGCUUUUAUUAUACCACCAUUGGGCUUCAAUUUGGGCGCUGUUAUUGGGCCUUUGUUAGGGGGAAUGCUUGCAAAUCCAACAUCAGAAACCUCCCCAGCUUCAAAACUGUUUGGACCAGGAACAUUUUGGGGCGGCAAGGAUGGCGUAGCCUGGAUGUUGAGGUGGAAAUAUGCGCUGCCGAAUGUUGUGUCUGCUGUACUAAUUGCUAUAGUGGUGGCUAUGUGCUUUUUCUUCUUGGAGGAAACACUGGAGACCCAAAAACGAGAAACAGACGCUGGGCCCUCUAUCAGAAAGUGGUUGAAGAGUUUCUUCCCAUCGAAAUACCAAGCGGUCCCUUCUAGCGAUACUGGGCUAGAAACAACAAGCCUAUUACACUCCCAUUCCCCUUCCCCAAGCCCACCGCCUAAGGCCCCUACUCUCCAUAAGAUCUGGACCCGCAACGUGAAACUCACCGUCCUCUCCAGUGCCCUCCUUCCCCUCCACAUGGCCACCUUCCUACACCUCUGGGCCGUCUUCCUCUCCGCCCCACGCUCUACCACCGCCCCACACCUCCCCAUCAAGUUCACCGGCGGCCUUGGCCUCUCGCCCGCCACUAUUGGGUUGGUGUUAUCCCUCUUUGGCAUGUUUGGUAUCGCCGUGCAGGUCAUAGCAUAUCCGCCCAUUGCGCAGCACCUCGGUAUUCUCACCGUCUACCGCUGGUCCCUGGCCAUAUUCCCACUGGCAUACCUGCUCAUACCGUACCUGACGCUGCUUCCCCCUGGGGCACUGAUGUGGACUGGGGUGGCAGCGGUGAUGGUUCUCAUGGUCCCGGCGAGGACGUUCUCGCUGCCGUCGUCGGUGAUUCUUAUAACACGAGCGGCACCCUCAUCAGUGGUGCUGGGGAGGGUGCAUGGUGUUGCUGCGAGCUUGGCAAGUCUGUCAAAGGCGGCGGGACCGGCAGUAGCGGGGUCGUUAUUUGCUGUUGGGAUGAAGGCGGGCGUGGUGGGGGUGGCGUGGUGGGUGGUGGCGGGAGCAGCGGGGGUGGGGGUUGUAGUUGCGUUGCUGGUGAGAGAGGAUACAGAAGAUGAUGAGGAUAUUAUAAAGGAUGUAUAA